AUGGAGUUCAAGGAGCCACCCACGGAGCUACCCACACUGUCUGAUCUUGUUACGCAACUUCUACUGAAGGAUGAGCCUGCAUUGAUCCAGGCUCUGGAAAAAAUACCAACUGGGCUUUAUGCUUCAUUGUUCAAUGCUGCCUUCACGGGUGCACAUAUAAACAUCCUCAGGCAAAUUGUGAAGAUUUGGCCCUUUCCCUGUCUCCAUAUGGGAACAUUAACUAUUCGGGAGCCACAGCAGGAGCUCUUGAAAGCCAUGAUUGAGAGUUUUCAGGUCACUCCUGACCAGUCCUCAGCUUCUUGGUGCUCUAAACUGAGGAUUCUAGAUUUAAGACAGGAUGCUGUCUUGAGGAUCACAUGCCCUGGAAACAAUGAUACAUCAUCAGUCUGUUUUCAUUCUUGUAUUUAUUAUGCACAAUCUGCCAUGUGUAUACCAGCUCAAUGUAGAAAUGAAAAUGCAGAAUCUGAGGAUCAUUCUUCAAUGCAGUCUUUACAGAUAAUACUGGAUCUUUCCCUCAAUGGAACCUUGAAAGGAAGGGAAUUUUUUUCUUUGCUUGUGCGUAAAGUACAGCAGAGUUUAGGGACCUUGCACCUUUGCUGUCGAGAUUUGAAAAUUGAUAAAUUGUCUGACUGCAAGGGAAGCUUGAGUUUCCUGGAUCUGAAAUGUGUUGAUUACCUGUCAGUUGAGCAGGCUUCUCUGACCGAAGUCACUAAACUUUUGACUCAGAUGGCCAACCUUGACAGUAUUAAUUUGUCUAAAAUCAUUUGUAGAUCUUUGACUGGGAGAACCUUUAAAAGAUUUACCACAAACCUGAAGCGUAUGACCAGUCUUGCUGAGCUCAACUUGUCUUCUUUCACCCUCACAAAUCAUCUUGACUGUCUCCUGAGAGUCCUGCCACCUACUUUGGAGUUCUUGAGUCUGGUUUUCUGUGAACUUUCUAACAAUGACUUCAGGUUUCUGUCCCAGUGCCCUCAGACCAAUAAUCUAAAGCUGUUGAAUGUUAGUAACAACCCACUGUAUUGGGAAGAUUGUGGGCCCUUUCAGCAUCUGCUGGAAAAGAAUUCUGGUACCCUGCAGCAUCUGGAAAUGGAUCACUGCCUGAUGACAGAUUCUACAGUCUCUGUUCUCAUCCCAGCACUAAGCCAAUGUUCUCAACUCCGUUUGCUUAGCUUUGCCUGUAACCCCAUUUCAAUGAAUGUGCUCAUGAGAAUUCUGCAGCACUUAACACCCUUGAUGGAGUUGAGCCAUGUGAUUUAUCCUAUUCCUGUCCAUUGCUAUCGAAGAUGGCACUUACAGGGCAGUAUAGACCAACAGAUGUUUGAUGAUAUAGAAGCACGGUUGAAGAGCAUGUUAGAGGCAGCAAAGCGAAGCGACAUGAAUUGGAUCACUUAUUCUGACUAA